AUGUCUUCGAGCGGGCCCCAAGAUCUCGGUAUACCACUCCUUCUCGAAGAGUACCUCACCGUCUCUCCGCCAGUCACUUCUGACUCCACUCCCCUCUGCGCGGCCUGUCAUGCUCUCGCAUCAUCCCAGCGCUGCAGCAUGUGCAAAGAAGUCCACUAUUGCAGCUCCAAGUGCCAGAUGCUCGAUUGGCCUCUUCACAAGCUGCUCUGCAGACACUCAACAGCGUCUUCACGUCCAGACCCUGCAAACCGUCGCGCUUUAUAUCUCCCAGACGACAAGGAUAAGCCGCGAUUUGUGUGGCUAAAAUACGGUAACGACGGUCGCCCUUUCGACAAAGCGAAAUGCUUCCCUACGACGCCGGCAGAUGACAUCAAAACCAUUGGUUUCCACAACCGCUACCUAUCAUACUGGAUCCAGAUUUCGUACGAUAGCAAUCCCAGUGGCCGCGAUCUGAAGAGAAACAUGAGCAUCAAGUCGGUAUGGUUUGGACCGUUGGUCGUCAUUGUGUACAGUGCAGAGGAGGGUUUGAGUAAGCCGGCAUUAGAUAUUCAGGUGGGCGCUUUGAGACCAGUGGUGGAGUAUUUGAGACUGAGAAGUGAAUAUCGAGGCCUGAUCUUUGUGGAGCAGCCACAAGAGCAGUAUGGAGAGGAGGAGUGGAAGAAGCUUCUGGCCCAGGAGAAGAAGUGA